AUGACUGAGACGACAAAAAAGAGAAAGAUGGAUUCACGUCAGAGAAAUACAAUUAUCAAGCAUUUCACCUUAAUAUGCCACAACAUUCCGACACAGAGAUCGCUAGAAAACUUUAGUCAGUUAAUCAAUGAUGAUAAUCGGCGUUACUUGGAUCUAUUGCCCAAUGAUUACCAAAAGAAAGAAACAUUGUUAAACAUAAUCUUGCAAACGGAACGAAAUAAUAUUUUUCAAGAAUUACUUGAUUUUCUAUGGCAAUUUAAUGCUACUGAAGGCAAUUUAGGAGAGAUCGUUGCAAGAACGUACAAAAAUGAAUUAAUUCAAGUAGUUAAUUGGCAGAAAAGCAGCGAGAUGCACGAACAAGUUGGCGAUAAAAUUACUUUCGUCCUGUCGAACCUGACUUCAAAAUCGACACCUCAAGAAAUAUACGACGCUGCUCGAAUUGCAAGAUCUCAAUUGGUAAUUAAACUAGUUCGCUGUCUUAUUCGGUCUGAUAGCUCGAAUCCAGAAGUUCAAGUAGAACUUUGCAGAGCUUUAAAUUCAUUAUUAGAAAAGGACUAUCGUACCUUUAAAGAUGAAGGUGGAGUCACAGAAAGUAUUGAAUUAUUGUCUUCGCCCUAUCCUGAGGUAGCAUACCAUGCUUGUGAUUUGUUUACUAAGAUCGCACCGUUCGUUUUCCUCGAAGAUGUCACCUUUGCCAAUACUCUCUAUUCUACUCUCCAAGCCUAUCGACAUGAUCUUUAUCCGGUAUUUAACGAUUUGAUUUGGUACAAUGAUAGAGAGGUUAUCGUAAACGUUUGCAAAUCUUUCGUCGAUAUAUUCGAUGACUCGGAGACGGACACUAACGAUUUUUUAUCGGAAACUUCUCUAACUGCUCUCAUGAACCUCACUUAUACGCCCAGAUGGCGUAGAACUACCACCGAAGCUACUAGUAGAUGCAUAAAGACUGUUGUAGAUUUGAAAGUGCUUGAAUAUCUUAAGCCACAUUUUUGUGGUAACUGCGGAGUAACCUACCUUUGGGUAUCAUUAUCAUUACUGAUUAAUAUAUCUCUGAGUGACUUUCGACAAAGUAUAUUUGAUGCAAAAUUACUGAAAAGAGUUUUGCAAAUCUUAGUACAGCCAAAGGAUCUCGAUAUUGAAAGAAGAUCUUUUACAAUCAUCAGCGGCAUUAUUGAUGGCGGUGAUGUCAGUCAGAAUGUAUACCUAGCCAAAAUUGGAGUGGUAACAGCAUUAUGUAAUUAUAUGCGAAAGCAAUUACAACUACACGUGACAGCAGAUCGAUGCUCCUCAGCGAUUGUAAAGCAUUUCGAGGUCAUUAAAGAUACACCUAUAUAUUCUACAUUGCGACAAGAAAUGAAAGAGGAUGGUUGUAAGUGUCAAUCUUGA